GGGAUCCCAUCGAAUCGAUGCACCUUGGAUGGGAUUUGGGGUUUAAUGCCCGCGGACGACGCGAUUCCCGGAAAUCGCUGCCUGCUACUCCCAACGAAAGGUGGCGUCGCCAUCUCCACAUUUCAGUUUCUGGCGCUUGGCUUCGCUUUCUAUUGCAUUACCAUAAAGUUGGAAGCCUUGAAAUAAUGCAUGGUCUGUGCUGGCGUGCUAAUUAUAUUUUAUUCACAACAGGGCACCUACAACUCUUAGCUCUUUUUCACUUCUCGUAUUUCAAAUAUAUAUCAGCGUGGUAAAGUUGUUUAAUCAACUGGGUGUGCUUUACCGCCCAAGAAUUGUAUCAAUUAAUAUAAAAUCUUCACUAUUCCUUCCACCUUUUUCUGAAUGCUGUUUUGUACUACUGCUAGAUAGAGCCUGUUGACGUUUUUCACUUCCAAUAGCAUCAGUGUUUUCCUUUCUUUUUUUUAAUUUACUGAAAUUUUGUUUGUUUGUUUUCAGAAUUGAUUUGCAUUGGUUCUAUCUGAACUAGUGUUUAUAUGUACGACUUGGGGUCAUCGAUAGGAUUGGCGUUUAAUGGAUUUGAGUUGAUAUUGCAUUGAUGUUUGGGGCCAUUCACUAUGUUUUGAGCUGAGCAAUUAUUUUGUUGGUUUUUGCCUUAUCCCUGUAUUUUUAUGGUUGGCAAAAUGGGUGAAAAAAGACUAAACUUGGGUGGAUUUGAGACAGUGGACAUUCCGUUUGUAGUGAUGGGGUUGCUUUAACCAUCGUAUUUAGGCGAUAUGAUUGUCACUUUAGUAUAAAUAAAUUGAUUUUCCCAGUUCGCUUUGUUGAAUAUGGGCUUUGCUUCUUUGUCUAAUUUCUAAGAUGGUAAAAUUUUAAUCUUGUAAUAUAGCCUAUUAAAUGUUAUGAAAUCGUCUUUCAGCUGAAAGUUUGCAAAUCAAGCAUACGAGAGAAGCUUCAAGCGUGUGUGCCGUGUGAAACUGAAAGGCAACACCAUAGAAGGAUAAACUGAUCAAAUGGUUUGUUGAUGCUUAAGUCUUGAAACAUCUGAUGCAAAUAGCAGCAAUGACGACAGAUCUAUUACCAACUAAUUUUUACCUGGAUAAGCCAAUUCUUAUUGGCAAAAGAUUUUGAUGGGACGUUUCAAUGGGCGGUGGCUAGUGCUUUUGCGGUCCCUCUUUUUCGGCUGCUUGAUCUCAUUUCCUGUUGUUCCUUUGUAAUUCCCUUUAGAAUCUGGAUUUCUGUGAUAUAGGAUUGCUCCAAUGGAUGGCUCAUCUCAGGCUGUAGAAGAAUCUCCUGUUACAGUAGGACCGGGAUCAACUAAGUUAAAAAGGGGAACAAUUAAUGAUGAUCAGUGUUUUCUCUUGUACUUUAUUAUGGGCACCUACUUUGGUCCUAAUAUUAAAGGGGAGAGGAACCCAAAAUCUGUUCUGCAAAGGAUAGCUGAGGGGCUUCCUCCAUACACAUCUGAUCAACUAACAAAUUCUUUCAUGAGAAUUGUGGAAUUAGAGCACAUCUACUACUAUGUGCUUAAGAAGGCAGAUAAAUCAGUUAUUGUCAAGUUAACCUUGUUGCGUCAAUUCUUUCAAGGUAAUAUUUCUUGUCCAGUUCACCAUAGUGCUGCCAAGUACCCACAGUAUGCUGAUUUGUUUCCUCCUGAACUGCAUCCUCAAUCUCUGUCGAAAAAACGAUCUAAAAUCAUUGAGAACAUUGUAUUUAUUAACAACCCAGAAACCUCUUACAUCAACCCUGAUGACAUUGAAAGGUUCAGGAGGCUAAGUGGACUAGAGGAUUUCCAUCUGAGCAGAUGUCCUGUGAGAUCACAUACUUCUCUUGAUGGCAGUUCUCAAUAUGAUGUACAAGAGGAUGAUCAUAAUGGAAAAAUGCCACCCAUCCAGUCUAGCUGCAAUUCUCAAAAAGCAGGAGGCAGUAAAAGAAAUUACGCUAACUUGGAUCCUUUGCAACAUGUCCAUGCUUCAGCGCCUAUGAGUGGCGCGCCAUAUGAUGGUACAGAUAUGAUGUCUAAUUACAUGACUCCAUUGCAACCUGAAGAAGACUCUGACCCUGAGAGAGUUGGUCCAGCUAUGAUAUUUCUUCCUUCUCACCCAACCAAAAAGGAAUUGUCUGAAAUUGUGGCUGCUACGAAGAGAGGAUUUGCGUUGACAGGAAGUGCAGCUGUGAGGCAGGCAGGACCAAUCAUGGGACUUAUGGACAUUGGAGAAUGCGACGACUCAUAUCUGUUCCGUGUAUCUCUCCCUGGAGUGAAGAGGGAUGAAAGUGACUUCAGUUGUGAAGUUGACACUGAUGGUAAAGUAUUGAUACGGGGAGUGACUACAACAGGGGAGAAGACAGUAUGCAGGUACUCUCAGGUGUUUGAGAUGCAAACCCAGAACCUUUGUCCGCCUGGCCAUUUUUCCAUCUCAUUUCAGCUGCCUGGCCCAGUUGAUCCCUGUCAAUUUUCUGGUAACUUCGGCACUGAUGGGAUCCUUGAAGGAAUUGUUAUGAAAGGGGGGAAUACAAACUGACAAGUUUUUGCCUUAUUAGGAAGAAUCUAUGACCUUCCUUUCUUCCAGCUAUGCAGGUUACUGCAAAUUUACCCAAGUUGAUGUAAAGAUCAUGGGGUUUAGAAUGACAAAAUUUAACAGUGCAUCUGUCUUUUUCACAUUUUUGGACGCUUCAUAGUUGGUGUUGACGUAGCGGCCAUGGUAUGAUUGAAUCCAUUCGCAGAUAUCUUCUGGA